AGAAACAAAUGUGAUACGUGAAGAGGAGGAUGACAUGUCCAUACCUUCAUUCCACUAUAAUUUGGUUCAUUUGAACAGAUUAAGUUGUCACAUCGACUGUACCAGUAGAGUUUAUGAUGCAAUGGGAUUGGUCCUAUACGUUUCACCAAUUGAGAAUAUUGGUGUAGAUUCAUUCAAGCGAGACGUGGCAAUAAUGGAUACAACCUGGACUGUUAUUAAAUUAACACUUUGGAAUGCUUUUGCGCACGUUCUUGAUGAAAAUCUUAAUCAUGUUGAGAUUUGUCCAAUCAUUGUAGCAUGUGGUCUGCAUGUCAAGAGCUUCUAUGGUACAUAUCUUUCCACGGGAUACUACACUAGGAUUUAUGUUAACCCAGUUAAUGAAAAAACAACAUCCUUAUCUACAUGGUAUACAUCGGAAAAACUGGCAAGGAUAAGGAGAGAUUGGUUUCGUUCAUCGACUUUUUCGCUAAAGUCAUCGAUUGAUAUUUCUAAUACUCCCCGUAUCCGAUUAUCUCAAUUUCCAACUGUGAGAAAUGUACAAUACUGUCGAGUUGCCGCAUAUGCAUGUCGUGUUGAUGAUGUUAAUAACGUCAUUUAUGAAGCAUGCAAUCGUUGCCUAAAAAAGGUUGCCAUUUUUCAAGGACUAUUAAAAUGUCAAUCUUGCAAUAUCAACAACACUGUAACUAUCCCAAGGUUGCUGCUUCGACUUACCAUAUUUGAUAAAAGUGGUAAUUUGAAAGUCACGAUAUUACACGAUCUUGCACAAUACCUUUUAGGUUGUUUAGCUACUAAAAUAAAAUCAGUACUUCAACAGCCUAACGGACGUAAUCGAGUGAUGGAAAAAGUAUUUGCAUGUUUCGGAAACAGAGCUUUUUCAUGGGUGCUACAUCCACCAACUGGAGCUUUUAAUCCUGAACAUUCAUUUGAAAAUACAAGAUUCUGA